AUGUGUUGUAACUACGGGAACACCUGUGGCUAUGGCUGUGGCUAUGGCUCCCGUUGUGGCUGUGGUUAUGGCUCAGGCUGUGGCUGUGGUUAUGGCUCAGGCUGUGGCUAUGGCUGUGGCUCAGGCUGUGGCUAUGGCUAUGGCUAUGGCUCAGGCUGUGGCUGUGGCUAUGGUUCAGGAUGUGGCUGUGGCUAUGGCUCCCGUUGUGGCUAUGGCUAUGGCUCAGGCUGUGGCUGUGGUUAUGGCUCAGGAUGGGGCUGUGGAAAAGGCUCCUGCUGUGGCUUUGGAUAUGGCUCUGGCUCUGGCUGCUGUGGCUCCCGGCCAUUUUGCUACCGAAGAUGUUAUUCUUCUUGCUGCUAG